ACAAGUGAAUAAGGACUUACAUUUCCUUGCAAGAUAUUUGCGUUGUGACUGUUUAUAGUUUUUAAUUAUUUAUUAAACAGGGGCGCCCAUAUGCAAAAUAUUAACAUUUUUAUUCUCAAAAAAUCGUGAAUCGAACUAAUUGAACAACAUUUGAGCCAGUUCGUACAGUUAAGUGAGCUGUUCUGUAGAACUCGUUCCGGACGCAUCAGUAACAACAACUCUAAUCCACGCGACUAAUUUAAGUAUUAAAGAUAUUUAAUUAAGUCAUGCAAAUUUUUUAUAGAAAAAAUGCCUAACCAUUAGACUGACAAAAGCGUGUUGCAUGUAGCGACAAAUAUUUAUGCUUUACUAAUCUUUUCAACUCAAGUGCAAAGCAUAAAUCGCAGCAGUCCGCAGCAAUCGAAAUCGAACUGAAGAACUGGUUCUUCCCAUUUAUUAGAAAUUCAGCUCUCAUGAAAAUUUCUUUGAAUGCAAGCAGAAAUCAAUUAGCGAAUAUAAAUCCAAUUUGGAGUUCAAUUCAGUAGAAGAAGAAAAAGGAAUGGACGUUUCACAGCCGCCACCACAGCUAUUGACGGCGCCAUCGGCAUUGGCAACAAAUUUCACUUCGAUGCCACCGCCAUCAAUGGGCGGUCAGCACUACAGACAUUAUCAUCCACACCAUGGAUCCGGCAAGCAGGGCUACAAUCAUUUUAAGCCAUUUAUGCCUGGUGGAUUUCAACGUCCAUUUGGCAUGUCACAGGAUGACUUUGAUGGCAAGCGACUCCGCAAGAGUGUCAUGCGUAAAACGGUGGACUAUAAUGCGUCUAUAAUAAAGGCACUGGAGGCGCGGCUCUGGCAACGUGAUUAUAGAGAUAGACUGGCACUUCAACCGGAUAGCAUUUAUGUGCCACAAAUGCUCCCUCCUAGCAGCUCGCUGGACAAUCCAGCAAAUGCGAUUACAACUCGUUUUGUUAAAACGGCCACAAAUAAAAUGCGCUGCCCUAUAUUUACGCUUGCUUGGACACCAGAAGGCAGGCGAUUAGUAACGGGAGCUAGCUCUGGAGAGUUCACACUUUGGAACGGCCUGACAUUCAACUUUGAGACCAUACUACAGGCACACGAUAUUGCAGUGCGUACGAUGGUUUGGUCGCAUAAUGACAGCUGGAUGGUAACCGGCGAUCAUGGCGGCUAUGUUAAGUACUGGCAAUCGAACAUGAACAACGUUAAGAUGUAUCAGGCCCACAAGGAGGCGAUUAGGGGAAUAAGUUUUAGUCCCACGGACAGCAAAUUUGUCAGCGGUAGCGAUGAUGGAACGCUGCGCAUUUGGGAUUUUAUGCGCUGCCAGGAGGAGCGCGUGUUACGCGGCCAUGGCGCGGAUGUCAAAUGCGUGCACUGGCAUCCCCAAAAGGCAAUGAUAGUUAGCGGCAGCAAAGAUAACCAACAGCCUAUCAAAAUUUGGGAUCCCAAGAGUGGCCUUGCGCUUGCGACGCUACAUGCCCACAAAUCGACUGUUAUGGAUCUCAAAUGGAAUGACAAUGGCAAUUGGCUGGUCACAGCCUCGCGUGACCAUUUACUUAAGCUCUUCGACAUACGUAAUCUUCGCGAAGAGGUUCAAGUAUUUCGUGGUCACAAGAAGGAAGCCAGCUCUGUCUCCUGGCAUCCCAUACACGAGGGUCUAUUCUGCUCGGGCGGGUCCGAUGGUUCCAUACUCUUUUGGAAUGUGGGCACGGACAAGGAAAUUGGUUGUGUAGAGACGGCACACGACAGCAUCGUGUGGACGCUUGCAUGGCAUCCACUAGGCCACAUUUUGUGUUCCGGUUCCAACGAUCAUACUAUCAAGUUCUGGACACGUAAUAGACCCGGAGAUCUGAUGCGUGACAAGUACAAUUUAAAUACGCUGCCUGCUAGUUUGGCUGCUCUAGAUGAAUGCGAAUAUGAUGAUGCAGUGAUACCUGGCAUGGGGCCCGAGGACAAGGUCGAGUUCACAGAAAGCUUGACGGCUGACAAGGGCUUUAUUCCUGGCUUGGAUUUGGAUGCCGGCAGCAGAUUAGCCAGUGACCGUGAUCGCGAGAAGAAAGUGCCCUACAGCAAACCCAUACCACGUAACUUCCAGGUACAAUGGGCAGGACCACGACGAGCCGAUGAUCCUAGUGUACUUAGCAUUCACGACGAAUUGGCCGCGCGGGAGUCCAAGGACUCUAGCAAUGGCCUGACCCACCAACAGAUCAGUGAGAAUACGCUUGAGGGUAUCUUGGCCAGCGGCAUGCUCAACGGCCUGGAUCCCCACACAAUUGUGGGCGUCUUUGUCUAUGGACGCUUUAUCCGGGUGCAUCCCGAUUCACGACUAAUGGGUGCCAUUCGACAAGGCGCCGAAUACCUGAACAAGUACAUCGAUGCCGGUAAGUUGGAGGAGCUGCGCGAUGUUGUACCCAUGCGCGAGCGCGAACGAGAGCGUUCCAGAUCUCUGUCGCCCACCGUGGAGGGAGCACAGUUACGUGGCGAAGUGUCACCGCCGCUCAAAAAGUCGCGUUUCGAGCCUCGCCAGCACAAUGCACAGUUAGUGUGUGUGCGGGAGCUGUUACUGUUGAAGAAACCCUUUUUGCCGUCCUUGUUGACAGUCAAAGCGCAGCAGCCGAAAACCGAAUUCAUCGAUGAACCCACGAGCUACGGAAGCGGCUCGCCAUUGGAUCAAAUGUCGCGCGAGGACACAAAUCGCCCCAAUCCCUGGGCCUCCACCAAUCCCUGGUCGAACUAUGGCAAUGGUAAUGGUAACCAUCAGAAUGGUUAUGGCAACAAUGGGGGCGACAAUUUUAAUGAUCGGGAUCGCGACCAGUUCCAAAAGACCGGCAAUAGUGGGCAGCAACGUCGAAGGCGUGGCAACAAUAGCGGAGGCGGGGGUGCCGGCGGCAGCGGUGGUGGUCGAAAUAGGGGCCGUAACAACAACAGAAGGUUUUAAUGCUCCACAACUUCAAGCACCAACAAAAAACACAUUCUGAACGCACGCUUUGUAAACUUACAACAAAAAAGGAAUCAAAUAUUUACUUGGCAUUGCAGAUAACUCCAUUUUGUGCUUGAUCCGAUCAUAUAUUAAUUUAGAAAUACUAGAAAACAAUUGACUGUAAAAUGUAACAACCGCAGCUUGUAUAUUAGCCGUCAAUAUCGAUAAAACUAAAACGAUAUAUUUGAUUCUUCCGAUAUAAGUGUAGGGACAUAUAUAUAUAAGUUGGCGUGCCACCACAUUUAAUCGAGCGCAAGAAAUAUAUCCAAUCAGAUAUGUGUAUAAUCCCAAUGAGAAUA